AUGGAGCUGAGGCGCAGCGGCAAAUGCUGUCUUCUCCGGAUCUUGCACAAAGAGCGUGUGAACAUCGCAUCUAGCCAUCAAACGACAGAGCGCGUGCCGCGAUCCGAAUCGGCUUGGACCCUUUGCACGCGAAGAAAAGCGUUGCUCUCGAGUGUGACUCUGGAUUUUUCGGCAGAAUAUCCGAGCGGCCAUCAUCUCAAAAGUGAUUUCAACGUCUCGUGGACCCUUUCCUCUCCUUUCAUCACCCUAAGACCGAAUGCAGUUGACUUGCCAAUUCCACUUCCCUCUCGCAGCAGCGGCUUCGGCUCGAUUCCGCUUGCUACAUCUCAUCAACAGCCCUUUCCGCACCCUCUUCGGUCGUCACAGCCACACGAUCACUAUCAGUACUCCUCUUUGCGCUCGUUGAUCGCAGCUGCAUUGCUCAACCAUCGACUGCGGAUCAUCUCCGACCACCUGACCUCGAUCGCAAGCCGUCACGCGUUAACCCUCUCGACAUCCGCCGUCCCACGCCUUGACACACAGCGAUUCAAAUCCGUCCACCGCGCCCUUCGCCUUGCUCCCGUCAUCGACGGCCACACACACACAUUCACACACAUGUCGAAUUCGGUGCGGCGCUAUCGUGCAUCGGCGCUCCGGUAG